AUGGGAGCCAUGAUCCUGGUUGACGUCCUGCUUGUCGCGGUCACACUCCUUCACCUCUUUGUUUGCGCAUCCAUCGUGACACCCGUCGACUCUCCACUGAAGAAGCCCCUGGUGAAGGCGACUUACAAGGCCUCCGUGCUCCUCUUCGAUCGCAAGCCAUUGCAGGUCUUUGCGCUGGGAACCUCCGCGGCGAUUUUCAUCAUGCUGGCCCUGACCUUUAGCUCACACGACCUUGCGAUGCGUACCCGCUGUGUGGCAGCCUUCUUCACCUUGAUCUCGGCGCCGGUGCUCAUGAAGACAGGGCACAUGCUGACAGCGCUUGGGCCAACGAAGGCGAUGGAGCUUGAGCAAGAAGUCAUGAAUGAGGACAUCUUGAACUGGAGCCCACCCUCACUGGAGGUCAUGAACAAGAUGCUGGUGCCAUACUACUGCCUCUUCAAGUAUGAUGUGGUUGGCCUGGAACGGGUUCCAAAGUAUCCGUGCUUCUACGUCAUGAACCACUCCCUUUAUGGUCUGGAGAUGCCCGCCUUUAUCCACCUCCUCUACCUUGAGAAGGGCAUCUUCGUGCGGGGUCUCGCGGAUCACUUCCACUGGAUGGGACCCCAUGGCCCCCUCCUGCGGCAGUUUGGUGCUGUGGAUGGUUCCCGGCCCAACGUGGACUUGCUUAUGGCCAACAAGCAGAAUGUCCUUGUCUACCCUGGCGGAGGGCAGGAGAUCAUGAAGCCGAAAAGCGCCAUGAAGUAUGAGCUCAUGUGGAAGGAGCGCCUCGGCUUCGCCCGCAUGGCCAUCAAGAACCGCUACCCGAUCAUGCCCUGCGCCUGCGUCGGGAACGAGGAUAUGCUCGACAUCAUCUUCGACCUGCCCAUGAACUUUCUGAAGGGCAGUGUCUCAAUAACUUCCUUGCCGGUGGCUGCUCCAAACUCCCUCCAGAAGAUCUACUUCUGGUUUGGGGAGCCGAUCUCCACUGAAGAGUAUGGCGGCGAUGCAGACAACACCGACUUUGCCAGAGAGGUUCGGGACAAGGCUAAAGCUGCGAUUGAGAAAGGUAUCCAGGAGCUGCAGGCACGACAAGCAGCUGAUCCUGACCGCUUCCUGAUGGCCCGGAUUGCCAAGGAUAUCCGCAAGGCACAGGAACAGGCUGGAGGCGUGCUCAAGUCUUUGCUUGGCUCCAUGAAGGCAGACUGA